CUCGGUGAACGCUAGGAGAAGAUGAACAACUUGCGCAUCCUAACGCAGAGGGCAUCCAAGGGCGCCUUCCGCAGCCUUGCCGGCGGCGAGAGGUCGCUGUCCACCCUCAAGAACGUGCUGGCAGAGCAAAUCCCGGCCAAGCAGGCGGAGCUCGCCAAGCUCAAGAAGGAACAUGGCCACAAGUCCGUCGGAGAGGUCACGAUCGACCAGGUCAUCGGAGGAGCUCGCGGCAUCAAGAGCAUGAUCUGGGAAACAUCCAACCUCGAUGCGGAUGAGGGAAUCCGGUUCCGCGGGUUGACCAUCCCAGACUGCCAGGAAAAGCUCCCUGGGUACACUGAGGGUGGCGAGCCCAUGCCGGAGGCGCUGCUGUGGUUGCUGCUCACGGGAGAAGUCCCAACCAAAGCACAGGUCGACGAGCUCACCGCAGACCUCCACAAGCGCUCCGGCAUCCCUAAGCACGUGGAGGAGAUGAUCCGGCAGUUCCCCAAGGACAUGCACGCCAUGAGCAUGUUUGGCGCCGCUCUCUUCGCGUUGCAGACGGAAAGCAAAUUUGCGAAGGCGUACGCCAAGGGCGUGAGCAAGAAGCACCGUUCCUACACCUACUAGAGACACCACCAACAUU